GAGCGAAAACGGCCACUGUGGGGGAAAAAAAGAAUCACCACAUUUGUCGCUAAAAUGUAGACAUUUCACACGUACAAUUGCACGUUUGAGUAGCGCUACUGGGGACCGUUUUUUGGAAUGUUUUGGUUCCGUGUGAACACCCCUGCGAACCACGGGGACGUGGCGAGUUCUCAAAAUGGCGGCGGUUUCUGACAGCGAGAAGUGAAACUUUCUUCUUUCCAGCUCGUAUUUUGUCGUUAUUUACGACCCGCUGUGUCGACUGCGGUCGGGCGUCGGAUUAGCUAACACCUACCGGAACACGGAGGAGGCUGUCGGUGCGGUCGUUGGGCCCGUGUGGCGUCACCGUGGGCUCCAGUUUCUGAUCGUCAAACCACCACCGCCGCCGCCGCCGUCGCCGGGGCUUCCCUGGAAGUUGACGGUGGCUGACAUUGCGAUCAUACCUGCCGUUGUUGUUAUUGUCUUCGUCGUCAGUUCGCUCGACGCUGAACCGUCGGCUGAACGCGGACGUGUUUGAGGAAGCUAGCUAGCUCGUCGAGCCGGCGGAGCGAGCGAGGGCAGGUCGGAGAUCCCGAGGCCGUGUCACGUCAGCUGUCAGCGGAACACCGAGGCUGUGGUGGAUGUCACUACGGCGCGGUGUCAGGCGGGAUCUGGUUUGCUAGCGUCGUGUUUUAAAUAUUGCUUCUUUUUUUUUUACAUUUGUUUCCUGGUUCCUUUGUGACGGACAGCCACUCUGGCAAAUCCAAUGGAGAAGCUCCAGGACCUCAGCCAGUCAGAGCUGCAGGAGCUUCUGGACAACCCGGAGAGGGUGGAGUCUAUGGCUCUGGAGUCUGAUGAGAUCCAGAACAUCCAGCUGGAAAGAGAAAUGGCGCUGGCAUCAAAUCGCAGCCUCGCCGAGCAAAACCUGGACAUGAAGCCUCGCGUGGAGGAACAGAAGGAGGCGCUGGUGGAGAGAUACUCGCAGUUAGAGGCUGUCCAAGAAACCUACAGACAACACUGCUCCCUCAGAGAUGGCAUGGUGGGUCAGGUGUCUCCAGAGGCGCUGUUCUCCAGAUUACAGACAGAGGGCGGCAAAACAGAGGCAGAUUCAGAGGCUCUCGCUGACGAGUUUCUGGAGGGCUCCCUGUCACUGGACUCCUUCCUAGAGCGCUUCCUCUCCCUGCGCUCCCUCGCUCACAGAAGACGAGUGCGGAUAGAGAAACUCCAGGAAAUCCUGCGACAGAGGAGCGAGUCCAACCCCGCAGCCAUGACGUCGUCAGCAGGCAUCAUAAAUCAGGACCCUGCUGCCACGCCCUCACCCUGGAGUCAGCCCACGACGACGGCCACCACGACAAAUCCACAGCAGCCGAACUCAAAACCUCAGUCCUCCACUUACCAAAACGCCUCUCAGCCGGCCUCCUCAUCCGCAGGCCUCCCCUACAGCCCCUACCCCGUCUCCUCACCCAACCCUCCCCCUGCAGCAGCAGCAGCCGCCUCCGUCCCUGCCAUUCCCCCAUACCCAAGUUCAGGCUCACCUUUUACCCCACAAGGUAGCUACUCCGGCCCCAGGCCCGCUUUCGGGCCUCCAGUUGCGUCUACCUGCCCUUACCCCACCCAGCCCUCCUUCCCUGCCCCACACCCAGGCUCAGCGUUUGGCCAGUACACCCCCAGCAACCCCCAGAGUGGCCCCGCCCCCUACCCGGCCUCAUACAGCUACGGCGGAUACAGCUACCCGACAGGCCCCGCCUACUCCAGUUCUCAGUCACCAACGGGGAGACCCAUCUACAGACCAGGAUAUGGAGUUCCGCAGCCGUACUCCUGAAAGCACUACUGUUCCUGUGGCAAUUCUUCCCUCCUUUGCCGUCUCAUCCUUCUUUCCCUGAACUUUCUCUCUCUCUCUUUUAACCUCAUUCCUUGUCCUCGUCUCAUCUUACCUUAUUGACCCCCACCCUUCCCGUCUCCUGAUGCUGACUCCAGAAAGUGUCGCUUUACUUAUCUUUGUUGCACUAAUUCUCUCUUUCUCUGAAUAUCCGUCUGUUGCUUUCCCUCUCUCUCUCUCUCUGUCUCCCUCUCUUUCCGUCUGUAGCCCAGUACACACCGCCACGACAGUUGCAUUAGUGUCUAAUUCAGUUGGUCACUAGGUGGCGAUGAUGCCCCCUUUUCAGCCUGAGGCAUUUUCCUGGUUGACCAAAAACAAAUUUAGCUGGUGGCUUGAUGUUUGCGAUUGCCAAUCCAUGUCUUGCCUUCAAAAUACUUCAUUCUUGAAGCCGACAAAAAUGUGCAAAAAUGCAUUGGCUUGGAUUUCGCACUUUUCUACUCCCGAUCACGUUAUCUGGGUGUAUUAGUCCUGCCCGAAAUUAGAUUUAGUACACCUGCAAUGGUACCUUCUGUUGCCACCCUCCGCCUGCAGAACUUGGUACGCGUACUUCUCAUCACCGUAACUCCUAGACCGCUUCGGCCUUUCGCCCUACGUCAGCGGAGACUGGCACAGCACCCUGCGCGAGCCUCAUGUGGAGGAUAAAGCGGUAGGAGACGGACAAAUGGAUGGAUCCUGGAAAGCAUAGAUGUGUCGUUACAGUAGCCUCUCAGGACUUUACCGUGGAACGACCGUCCAAUCGCAGACGAGAUUCAGCGGCAUGGCGCGCGUUUGUGACGUCAGCUUCUCAGUACCGUACUUCCGAAACGAUUGAAUAACUGCCAGAUAUGGAAAAUGAAAGUUGUCUUGGAGGGGAAUUUGACAAUUCUACAUCCAACAAAUCCAAGCGGCCCGAGUAUCAUGACGCUUGUAAGAGGGUGAAACGUGUAUUUUAAAAGUAAACGUUUGUGACGGUGUGUCCCGGGCUUCUCUCUCUUUCCUGUUUCCUUCUUCUUUAACCCGACGACCAGCUCCACCACACCAGUCUCAGGUUGUUACGUUGUGUUGUUGUAUCUGGCUCUUCAUUCUCUCCAUCACUCCCUCCAUCCUCCUCCUCUUCCUCCUCCACCACAGUGUGCGCGCGCGUGUGUUGCUAUAUGACAGACAUAAAGACGUCACCAUCCCCAGAUAAAUGCAUGACACGCAUCGGUCUUUGAAACACGACAUCAAGAGUCCAGUCCGCUUUCGUACUGUUAUCCACGAGAAGCAGCUCGUUCGGGGGAAAGUUUGCGCCCCAGUGUCACCAGCGUAAAACUCGUAAACUAAUUUCUGUUAUCAACAAUAAUAAUAAUAAUAAUAAUAAUAAUAAAGAAAGAGCAGAUUUAUCUAUCGCUAAAUUCCUCGUCCACUAUUUUGAUAAGCGGUCUGAGAAGUUAGCUUCUCGUUAUGUGAAGGUUUCCUUUGCGUCUGAAACUGAAUCCUUUUGGUUUGUGGACAUCGUUUCCAGGCUUCUGGGAAAAACUGGAUCAAUAUUCUUCAACAUUUUGUGGACCAAACAAGUAAUGGACGAAUCCAAACGUUUACGUUUACUCAUUAUCAUUAACUUCACCCCGUCAAGCAACUUCAAAAGUGGAUGGAGAACGUUUGAAAAGCCGCUGGACUCUCUGUCGCUUCAAACCAACACACCACCCGUCUGUGCUUCACCUCCUUGUGUCCUCGCCUCCUCUCCAUCACGCUCCUCCUCCUCCCUCACUCCUGCUCGCCCAACAUGAACUGAUGCUUGACAAUGAUAACCAGAAGAGAAAAAAAUAAUGUUUUAUUUCUACAAGUUCACACUAUCAGUGAGAAAACAUGUGGCGUGCGUGUGUGUGUGUGUGUGUGUGUAUGUGUGUAUAGUUUAAAUGGAGAGAAAAUAUAGCGGUUGGCGAUCAGUCCUGUGUCAAUAGAGUCAAUUCAAAUAACAUCGUGAUCGGUGUACUGUACCUGAUGAAUGAUUACUGAAUGAACAUUAAGAAGAGUUGAUUACCCCCACCACCACCCAGAAAUAUCUAUCUAUUAUCACUAAUCACUAACCUUUCAGUGAUUUCAGAGCACUUUUUUUUUUUAUGUUUUUUUAUUUUAUCACAAACUGUAAAGCAGUUAAAGUGAUGGUUCCAAAUGUAUUUCUUUAAAGUGUGGUCAUAUUGACGUACUGAUCCAGAACCAGCUUGAGAAGUGAAAGCGUGGCUUCCAGUGGGGACUCGCCCCACGCCAAAGUCUAUAGAGAAAAUAAGCCGUUUUUAGCCUGCUGCCUCGUGUGGUCACUUUGUGUCACUGAGGUAAAUCUGAACAAAGGAUUUCAAAAACACUGGGUUGGAGACCCACAGAUGGGUCAUGGGGAAUCUUUUGGGGUCCCUUAACAAAAAAAAAUCCUACCAUUUUUAAAUAACAUGCAUAUAUAAUAUGUAUGUAAUUGACAAAUUUGCACCCGUCACGAUUGUUUACCGUCUUUAAAAAGUGGGUCCCCCGUAUAGAAAAAUAGAAAUCACGCUUCAGAAUAACACGAACUACCACUUUAAACGUUUCUGUCUGUGUUUUAGCAUCUCGGUGGCACUGUGGAGCACCGUGGAGCCACAGAUGACAUGACGACUUGAUGCCUGGGAAAUAAAAAGUCUAAGAUCUCUGUCUCACCAAAGAAAACUUACAAAACACUUACUUUGACCAAGAUCCCAAGGACAAUCACUUGUCCAGAUGCAAAUCAAUACAAAUGGCCACCAUCAUGGGCGAAGACGCUCUUACAGGUUGCCCCUUCCAUCUUAAACUGUGUCAGUAGCAUAUUCGGUCCUGGGAUUUGAGGAAAUUGGUCCUGUAAAGUCCUUGAAUUUGAUGUGAACCAAGGUGUGGGAACCCUACACUGGGCAAGUUCAUAGGUGAUAGGGAAAAGAGUUGUCAAUCAUGGCUACCUAGUGGACCGGUUCCUCUGUGUCACAUCCCUUUACGUCUUCUCCACGUUAAUGUCUGUAUGUUCCACCGCGUCAGAACACUCUGUUAUCUAAACAUAAUAAAACGCCAAAUCUCUGUUCUUUUAUUAUGUUACUGCGCUGCACGUCCAUUCGUCGUUCCCAACGUUGGUAAUCAUGUUGUGUCUUUCACGACCAAAAUCACUCACAAAAAUGGGCCUGAAUUUGUGCCGGUUGGGUGUUCUACUCACGGUGCUCGUGUCGCGCCGCCGCCCUUGCACCUGUGAAGAUCCCCGGUUCGAUUUCAGUUCCGGCCUCGACUUAGGGUUUUUCUCCGCUCCACGCGAACAUCCUGGAAUCCACCUAGGUGACAAAUAUCAGGACCCAAAGGUCCCGGUGAGACAACGACAGAAAUAAUAGUAUAACAGUGUUUUAGAGGAAGCACAAGAUGAUGACGUGCUGUAUAAUCUAGUAUUAUUGUCAAUAAUAACAAUAAUAAUAAUAAUGUUCAGAGGGACUGACUCUCCUGAUUCUGAGGAAAUUGAUGACUGUAGAUUGUUCAAGAGACUUUUUUGGUUUUCUCUGUCCUUUUUUGGGGGGGGAGGGGUGUAAUUAAACUUAAGUUGAUCUAAAUGAAAA